AUGGCUCACACACGAGGAGAAGACCAGCUCGAUUUCACAGUGGCAAGGACCGUUCCUGAGUCAUUGGGUGUUGGUAUAUUUUCCAUGCCAAUUCAGGCUGAGGCCAGAUGGGCCCUUUUUUCAACCUGUCAUCCCUCGACUGCAACCUCAACCGACCUUGAAGGCCUGGUCCGCCCCUUGCCCCUCACUUAUCACUCAGAUCUGUGA